GGCGGGAGGAAGAGGCAGCGGCGGUGGCUUGGCAGCGCAAACAGCCUGAACUGUCUGUGCUCUCCUCGUCCCGCCCCCGGGGGCCACCAGCCAUUGGUUCCAGAGAGGAGGAGGUGGAGGCAGCCUCGGGCGGGCCACUGCAGUAGCGGCGUCAGGUGAGUGCGGGAGUCGCAGGGACUGAGUGCCAGACUCUUGGCGCGGCCCUGGGCGUCCCGGGAAGGAAGGGACGAGGAGGCAUUUGCGGAGGAGACGCUGGAGCAGAGGGGUGCCGGCGCAGAGCAACCCGGGCGUCGCCCUCUCGGGUCGCGCGGAGCGUGGGCAUGAAGGCAACACCCUCCCGGGUCCCGAUGUCCCAAAGGAGCCCGCCGAGCGCGCACUUGCGUCCAGACCAGGGCUGGAGACAGCGCAGAGCCGGGAGCGAAGCCGACACCAUGAGCAGCGAGGGCGGCUACAACUUCAGGCGGGUAGCGAUUCGACGGAAAUUCAACUUCUCCUACCUGCCGCCUGGGACCCCUAGACCCUGGAGCAGGCCCUUGUCGCAACCGGGAUGGGCCGAGACGGCCACCUUCAGGAGCCAGGCACCGGCAGGCGCCCCAGGUAGCAGUACUUGUCCAAAGAUCACUAGAGUUCCAACGUUUCUGAAAAGCAGCACAACCACACUGGUUGAUCAGAAUGUAUCUGAUGAAGAGGCUCAGGGAAUAAAUGGAAAAACGCCAGCGAAACACUCAGCCGCAAGUCCAAAGCCACAAGUGCCUCCAAAGCCAUUGCACCUGCAGAAUUCACCUUUGUCCACUGUACACCAAACCCCCAGGCAUAAAGCUUUAUCUAGUGCAGCACAAAGGAUGGAGGAAGUUAAACCUGCCUCUGCUUCUUGUGUCUCAAAAGAAAAAUCCAGUAAAGUAUCAGAUCUCAUCAGUCGCUUUGAAGGAGGCAGCACACUAUCAAAUUAUGGUGAUUUGAAGAAGGAUUCCGCCAUGAACAUAAAUGCUUCCAGGACCCCAGGAAGGCAUGGACUGACAGCCACACUUCAGCCAAAACUCCUUCCCUUGCAUCCACCACAGAAGCAGGAAAAUGAUCCGGAUCCAACUCAGGGAGUACAGACUUGUGUGGCGAACGGUGUUACGGCAGCACAAAACCAGGAGGAACAUGAGCAGGAUAAAGCAGGCACCCAUAGCCCAGGUACUCCUAUUCAAACUUCUGAACCCUUGCUUGACACACACUUAGUGAAUGGAGAAAGAGAUGCAAGUACCACGGGCCCUGCCUCACCCACAAUAAACGACUGUGAUGGAAAUGCUUCUGACAGUGGCUGCAGGACUCUAGGUGUAGGCCCAGUCCUCCUGGAAGAUGGAAAGGCAGACACAGAAGCCAAGAUACAAGAGAAGGAAAAUGGAGACAGCCCUUUGGAACUGGAACAGCUGGACCAGCACCACGAGAUGAAGGAGACAGAUGAGCAAAAACUUCACAAAAUAGCCAAUGAACUUUUGCUUACAGAAAGAGCUUAUGUCAACCGACUUGACCUCUUAGAUCAGGUAUUUUAUUGCAAACUAUUGGAAGAAGCAAAUCGAGGGUCAUUUCCAGCAGAGAUGGUGAAUAAAAUCUUUUCUAAUAUUUCAUCAAUAAACGCCUUCCAUAGUAAAUUCCUAUUGCCAGAACUGGAGAAACGAAUGCAAGAAUGGGAAACUACCCCUAGAAUUGGUGACAUCCUUCAGAAAUUGGCACCAUUCCUUAAGAUGUAUGGAGAAUACGUGAAGGGAUUUGAUAAUGCAAUGGAAUUGGUUAAAAACAUGACAGAGCGUAUUCCCCAGUUCAAAUCAGUAGUGGAAGAAAUUCAGAAACAGAAGAUCUGUGGGAGCUUGACUUUGCAGCAUCACAUGCUAGAACCUGUUCAGCGGAUUCCCCGAUAUGAGAUGCUCCUUAAGGACUACCUAAGGAAACUGCCCCCUGAUUCUCCAGACUGGAAUGAUGCUAAAAAAUCACUUGAAAUUAUAUCUACAGCGGCAAGCCAUUCUAAUAGUGCAAUAAGAAAAAUGGAGAAUCUAAAGAAACUCUUAGAGAUUUAUGAAAUGUUGGGAGAAGAAGAAGACAUUGUAAAUCCUUCAAAUGAACUAAUAAAAGAAGGACAGAUCCUCAAACUAGCUGCUCGAAACACAUCAGCACAAGAACGCUAUCUUUUCUUAUUCAACAACAUGUUGCUGUACUGUGUGCCAAAAUUCAGCUUGGUGGGCUCUAAAUUCACAAUUCGAACCAGGGUUGGCAUCGAUGGAAUGCAAAUUGUAGAGACUCACAAUGAGGAAUAUCCACAUACUUUCCAGGUGUCUGGGAAAGAGAGAACACUGGAACUGCAAGCCAGUUCUGAACAAGACAAAGAAGAAUGGAUCAAGGCCCUUCAGAAGACUAUUGAGGUUUACAAUCAGAGGCAUGAAACCUUCAGAAAUGCAAUUGCAAAGGAUAAUGACAUUCACUCAGAGGUUUCUACUGCUGAGCUAGGGAAAAGAGCCCCAAGAUGGAUCCGAGAUAAUGAAGUAACGAUGUGUAUGAAAUGUAAAGAGUCUUUCAAUGCACUGACAAGAAGAAGGCAUCAUUGUCGAGCAUGUGGACAUGUGGUUUGUUGGAAGUGUUCUGAUUACAAAGCUCAGCUUGAAUAUGACGGUGGUAAAUUGAGCAAAGUUUGCAAAGACUGUUACCAAAUAAUAAGUGGAUUCACAGACAGUGAAGAAAAGAAAAGAAAAGGAAUUUUAGAGAUUGAAUCAGCAGAAGUAUCUGGAAACAGUGUGGUGUGCAGCUUUCUGCAGUAUAUGGAGAAGUCAAAACCUUGGCAGAAAGCUUGGUGUGUGAUCCCCAAACAAGACCCUCUUGUGCUGUACAUGUACGGUGCCCCCCAGGAUGUCAGAGCCCAGGCUACCAUUCCACUCCUGGGCUAUAUUGUGGAUGAUAUGCCGAGGAGUGCAGACCUGCCACACAGUUUCAAACUGACCCAGUCCAAGUCUGUGCACUGCUUUGCUGCAGACAGUGAGGAACUGAAACAGAAGUGGCUGAAAAUCAUCCUUUUAGCUGUUGCAGGUGAGACACCAGAUGGCCCUAACGAGCAUUCGGCCGCCACCUUGGACGAUCAUCCUGAACCUAAAAAAUCAGAAUGGUGAAUCCAGGACCAACCAUAGUGUGGGGCUCUGAAGAUUCAAAGCUCAUGACAUUCCCGGUUCUCCGUAUUCAUCUGUUUGCACUUUAUGUCUAAAAAUGUAAGCUCAUAAAUGCAUCUGUUAGGGGACUACUUUCCUAUGUUUAUGUACUCUUAGUGAAAUUAAUGUGCAGAGCCAUUCUACCUAUAAAAGUUGAAAAUAAUGUGAAAUAUGGAGUGUUUUUAAAUGAGCUACUCUGUGAAUAUGUACUUCUGUCUUGAAGAAAAUGGUGUUAAUCGAUUCUAUCACUAUCAGGUUAGAAUAGGCCACUUUCGUUUAAGAAAUCUUUUAAUGUCUUCUCUUUCACUUAUAGGACUUGUAACAGUUUCAAAGAUAUACCUCCAUGUUGCCAAAAUAGAUCUAUGGUUAAAAAAAUACAGGGACAGUUUAGGCUAUUGUAUUAACUUAUUUAAUUUAGUUUAUAAAGCUCAAGCUGCAUAAAUAAUGUAUGUCCUUUUAAAGCAAAAGACAAAGGAAAAAUUGUUGGUGUUCAAACUUUUGACUUAUGAAGAAAAGAUAAUACUUGUUUUUGUAGAAAUAAUUCUAAGAAUAAAAUAUCUUAAGUAUAUAGCAAUUAUGUAUAUAUAGCAUUAAAUAUAAAUAUAUGUAUAUUAUACAUGCUUUUCAGCUUUAGGUUCAUAUUUGUCUCUAAUUUAUUUUUAAAAUCUAAAGCAUGUUUUAUCUUGGAAUUGAACAAUGUUCUAAACUUAAGAAAUGUUUUUGGUGAUUCAUGUUUAACUGAUUGACAUCUAAGGGUAUUGAUAUUUUUAUAAUAAGAAAAAGCAGUAAUUUAUGUGGCAUGGGAUAUGUUAGUGAAUUCCAACAGUAUUUUUAAAGUACUUUUUUUUUUUCGUUCUGUGCCUAUUUAAAACAGUGCCUCUCUUUGAAGGUGCUAAUAAUUCCUGUUUAAAUAUAAGAUGAGGGUUUAAUUAAGCUUCAGUGUUGAUUAUUCUGAGAUAAAGUAAUUUUGUUCACUGGGAUGGUCAAAGUCCUUUUACCUUUUACAAUCCUCCAAUCAUUGCAGCAGUUAAUAUCAGCUUAUACAAAAAAUUUCACCAAAACCUAAACUGUACAAAAUGCCUGACCUUACUCAGCACUGAGACAUAUGGAAACUACAUUUACUGUAAUGUUUUUCCUUUCCAUAAGACUGUUAAACAUGGUAAAUGAGGACUAUAUACAAGUAACACUUAAAAUGACUGUGUGCACCUAUUCUUUGUCAGAUAUGAAACAAAAUUCACAUGUGAUGACCUGCGGGGGUGGAUAGAUAUUAAAAGAAGUUUAUGCUCAACUCUUUAAACUCAUCGCUAAAGAAGAGAGAGGGGAAAUCACAAUAUUGAAAAGCAAUAUUUUAAUGGUAGGUUUUAGGGAGGUACAGAUGAUGAAGAGAGUCUGAGCAUUUUUUCCCCUUUUAUUUUUCUGGGGAAUCUUAAUAGACAAAAUUUACAUUCUUGUGAUGAAAGCUGCUCUUCAUUAUAUUAUAGUUAUUAAAAUCUUGUCUUAAGUCGGCUUUUUAACUUAAUCCUUUUCUCGAAUUAGAUCUUUUUCUUUUCUUUCAUUUACCCUCUUAUGCCCUAAACAUUAUCACUUUUAACGUAUUAGUCUAGAAACCCACAAGAAUGACCUCUCUAUUCUCAGCCUUUGGGGAUUACACCUUAAAUGUAGAAUAGAGUCACUCAGAAUAUGAGAUUUCUGCUCAUUUAUUUGGGCAAUCUUAAGAAAUAUUUGAAAUGUCACUUUUCCUCCACCCAAAGGAACAGAUAAACUAAUUAUGGCUGACAUGAUUAGGUUGCCUUCCUCCAUAAAAUGAAUACCAGCCAUGAUCAUUUACAUUAAGCCUAAUACUUGGAGCCAAAAAGAGAUAAAGGUAACUUUUUCCUAUUAAAUCAGGGUCUAACUAAGAAAUAUUGUACAUUGCUUCUCUUUUCUAGUUGCCAACUGUUGUGUGUGCCUGUAUACAACAUGUGUGUUUAUGCGAGGUUAUUGAGGUUAAACAAUAGCUAUAGAUGAUGCUUUGGUUUACUUAAUCUCAAGAAAAGAGAAGCAAUGAAAAUGUAGAAUGGUUAUCAGGAGAAGAUAAUAUUUGUAAAUGUGGAUAGAACAAUGGAAAUGUAAGGGCCAAUUAUAAGAUUUAUUUAUAGGCCAGGUUAUUUUUAAAACUGUUUUGAACAGCAAAAAGACCGUACUUCCCCUCUUAGUCAGUUCUUUGCCUGCAGUGGAAGUAACAUGGACACGCUCAAGUUUUGGCUCAAUAAAUGUAAUGUUAUUUAAUUUAUAAUACUGAAAGACUACUCAUGUGAAGAGAAUAUUUGUUAUCAUGCUCUUAGGUAUUACCUUUAAUUUGUUUUAAAAAUUAGAAAUAAUAUUAUAAGAGGAGAAUUUCUGGUUAUUCAGUCACCAUCUUCACAUCCCACCCCAUGUUCUUUAGCCAAGCACAAAAAGCAGCAAUGAAGCAGCCUUACCUGUUUCUUGUUAAAGAAUCACUAAUGCUUUUACUUGGAGAAAGGCAAAGGAAUACUGUUAGCCUCUCAACUAAACCAAAAGACCUCAAAGUGUGAUUGGUUACAAGAAUAAUCUAUGUUUUUUGCUUUCUGAGGUACCUGAGCAGUCAUGACAAAUUGAAUCUAAAAAAAUAAUUGGUUGCUUUCCUAUUAAAACCAACAUUCCAUAUGGGUCUUAUUCUUUAUUUUCUCUAAUUUGGUACUUUCCAAGCCAUCUUUUCUUUAAAAUGCCCUUCCUCCAACCUUAAAAAAUACUUCUUUGAUAAAAACUGCUAUUUAUUAUAAAACAUUCCAAUUUUUUAAGCUUAAUUUUUGCUUUAUUAAAAGUCUACCAUUGGUAUAUUAAGUAUGAAAUAUAGUGCAGACUGAUCUCCAGGUUUUAAGUGGGACUCAAUAAUGAAAAACACCACCAGCCACUUUUGUAAUAAUGGCAUCUACAAUGCUAUCAUGUAUGCAAGCAAUAAAACUCUUCAGGGUAUGCUUUUAUACUGACAUUUUAAUAUAAACACCCCUUGCCACAAGGACAUAAAGAAUUAACUUCUAGAAGUGAUAAUGCAACUCAUUGCUCAGUAUAGGGAAGAGAAAGUGUGUGUGGGUGGGGAAGUGGGCAUUGUUCCUUGGAUUCAAAUAUCUAUCAAAAGCAUUUUACUUUUCAAAGGGCAUGGAUGGUGAAACAAUUGAAGCACAUGUACAUCGCUUUAUCAAGGUACAUUUCAUUUUAAUACAACAUACAGGAUGCUGUACUUAUCUUCACUGAGUGACCUACUCUAAUUUUUUAAAAUUACCAAACUUUUUUUAAGAACUAGCCUUUUAAAUGUACCCUGUCCCCAUAUAUUUUAAAAAGAAUACUUGCUGUAGUCAUAAAUAUAUAAAGAAAACUACAAACUUCAUAGUAUUACGGGGUUGUUAAAGAUUCAUUGAUGCCUUCUAAAAACCUUAUAUCAAAAAUACUGCAAGUUCACUAUUAUGUCUUACUUUUUCUUGUCUACUUUGUGAAAACAGGGUGUUUUAUUCUCUUCAAAUUUUAGAUCUCAUUUCUGGUUAUACUCAAAGCCUUAAGUUUUUAUUCUGAGCAUUUUGUCUGUGAUAACUCUGAUAAUGAUAUUUCUGGGCUGUAUCUGUCCUGAGGAAAAGGCACCAACAGGAGCAAAUAAAGUUCUAAGGAACAAAGGUGUCCUUGCUACAAUGCAGAAUAGAAAAUUAGUUAAAAUUUUCUACAUCACAUGAUGUUCAUGUUAGCGGUUCUAAAAUUAAGCACAUGGUAUUUAUAAGCUAAAAUUAAUUCAAAAGACAAGAAUGUCUUUGAAACUAAUAAUAAAAUAAAUGUUUUUUUUAAAAAGA